AGUCUUUCAUGUGCUGAGGCCAAAGAUCACUGAGAAUUGCUGGAUCAGUAUGGAAGAGACCAGCAGUGUGGCUGUUCUGGUCCCCCACACACAGGAGCAGCAGGACACAGUGUAUAUCCCUGAGCAGGAAGUCACUGUUGGCAUGCGCCUGCAUGAUGAAAAUGGCAAGCAGAAGCAAGCCACAGACUCCCUGAUCCAGGUGAUCGAGAAGCUGAGCAAGAUCGUGGAGAAACGGCCAAGGCGAUGUUCCCUAUCAGGGAAGAAGAGAUCCCACCUGACAUGCACCUCCAUGGCACUGCAGGAGAGCAGGGAUGACAUCAGGGAAACCCCCUGUAAAAAGAAAAAAGACUCUGUGGCGGGUGCCCACCAGGACGAGGCCCAGGUAGAAUAUUACCUUGUGGAAGGUUCACAGGAGAACCGCAGCCACAGACCAGUCACCUGCUAUCAGUGUAGCCUGUGCAGGUUUAUGUCUCCAACGCUGUUCCAGCUGAAGGAGCACCUUCAGCAGCAUGACGCACAGCAGAAUGAUUUCAUUUUGGUGUGUUCAGAGUGCUGUUUCACCUCUCGCCAGCAGGAGGAGCUGGAGGCACAUGUCAGGGUACACUUGAAUGGAGGGGCGGGUGCAAAGGACUCCUUGUUGGAGUUUGGGAGCAGCAUGGGGAAGGAGCUGGAGUAUUCUGGAGAGGAGGUAGGGGGCCUCCAGGGGACCGUUGAGGAAGAAGAGGCCAAAGCCAGCCUUGAUGGCACAGAGGGUGAGCCAGUGAGGAAGAAAUGGUACAGCUAUGAGCAGUAUGGUGUGUAUCGCUGUCUGAUCUGCAGCUACGUCUGUGGGCAGCAGCGCAUGCUGAAGACACACGCCUGGAAGCAUGCCGGGCUGGUGGACUGCUCCUACCCCAUAUUCGAGGAUGAGUUGGAGAAGCCCAGUGCACCAGACCCGAGGCCAGUCUCUUCCCCUGCAGAGGAGGCCAUUGUUGUCCUGACAUCUGUCAGCAGCCAGCCAGAGACACUGCAUAGCUCCCCAUCUUUUGAAAUCAAGCUGUGCUCCACAGCAUCGCAGUGCGAAGGGAAGCUGGCUGAAGAACUGGUAGUGGAGGAGAGCUCGGAGGAGGUGGAUGCCCCCAAGGUCCCCGUUGCAGAGGAUCCGGUGGUGGAGGUGCAGGUCACCACGGAGCGGGAGCAGGAUCCUCCUGGCCCGGACAGCCUGCUCUCCUCCGCGCAGAAGAUCAUCAGCUGCAGCCCCAACAGCGCAGGCCAUGUCAAUGUCAUCGUGGAGCGGCUGCCUGGCGCAGAGGAGUCUGUGGCUAGUAAGCCCUUCCUCAUGAACACAGAUACAGAGGGUAACAAAAGGCUGCUGGAGCAGGCAUCACACCCAGUGUACUACGAGGAGGAGGAGGUGGUUAUUGGCUGGUGCAACAGCGAGCAGCAGCAGGGUGGAAACGAGGCUCCUGAGGACCCCCCAACAGAUGAGAAUGUGCCCCCAGCGCGCAGACGGACGCACUCGGAGUCCCUCAGACUGCACUCACUGGCGGCAGAGGCCCUGGUGGCCAUGCCCAUGAGGACACCUGAGCUGAUGAAGGCCAGCAUUAAGAGCAUUGUAGAGCUGAGCACACAGAGCCCUGAUGUGGGACAGCGCCUUAUUGAGAUUGCCGCAACCCCACACAGAGUCCCCUCCACCCAUGAGGAGCUUGCCAGCAUUGAGGAGGCUGGCGCCACGCUCGUGGGCCUGGAGCUGCAGACCCCGACUCGGGAGGGUUCGGCGGAGGGCCCAGCAAAGAUGGGCAUCAGCAUGUCUUUGCUCACUGUAAUCGAGAAGCUUCGGGAGCGGACAGACCAGAACGCCUCAGAUGAGGACAUUCUGAAAGAGCUGCAGGACAAUGCCCAGAGCCAACCUGGCGGGGAAUCCAGCUCGCCUGACAGCAACCUGGUGGAGUUCAUCCCCAACAGUGAGAGGCCCUUCCGUUGCCGGCUCUGCCGAUACACAAGCGGGAACAAGGGCUACAUGAAGCAGCACCUACGUGUGCAUCGGCAAAGGCAGCCUUACCAGUGCCCCAUCUGCGAGCACAUCGCCCAGGACAGCAAGGAUCUGGAGACUCACAUGAUCAAUCACUGCAAGACUAGGAUGUACCACUGCAAGCAAUGCAGUGAGACCUUCUAUUACAAGAGUCAGCUGAGGAAUCAUGAAAGGGACCAGCAUGGGCUUGGAGACUCCACAACAACGCUGAUACCUCUCACUGAAACCACAGCAGCCACGGAGGAGACUGAGGAGAAGACCCCUGAAGAGGACAUCUCAAGUAUCCAGAAAAUCUACAAAUGUGAUGUGUGUGACUACACCAGCUCCACGUAUGUCGGGGUUCGCAAUCAUCGGAGGAUCCAUAACUCAGACAAGCCAUACAGGUGCUGCAGCUGUGACUUUGCCACCACCAACAUGAACAGCCUGAAGAGCCACAUGAGGAGACAUCCACAGGAGCACCAGGCAGUGCAACUGUUGGAGCAGUACAGGUGUUCCAUGUGCGGCUAUGUUUGCAGUCACCCUCCAUCUCUGAAGUCACACAUGUGGAAGCAUGCGGGUGAUCAGAACUACAACUAUGAGCAGGUCAACAAAGCCAUCAAUGAGGCCAUUUCACAGAGCAGCCGGUCUCCCAGCAUUCCUCAGAAAACCACAGCAGUGAUGGAGCAGGCAUGUGUGGUCUCAAGUGGAACAGAGAAAGUCACGCCCAGGUCAGACCCUUCAGCUGGUAUAUCUGUGGACCUUGCCAGAGCUGGGGUCCCAGGAACAUCAACAGAGGCACCCCAGGUGUCAUCCCUGGCCAGUGGGGCCCCCAGCCCCCCUGAAAAGGUGGGUUCUCACUCCCGGGCAGGCAUGGAGUACUGUGUACUGUUGUUCUGCUGUUGUAUCUGUGGCUUUGAGUCUCCCAGCAAGGAGCGCCUGAUGGAGCACAUGAAGGAGCAUGAGGGAGAGAUCAUCAGCAUCAUCUUGAACAAGGAGCAGCAGGGAGCCCAGGCCUCAGUGCCCAACGAGAGCCACUGAACCUCUGCCCAACAGAGUCAUGUAUGGUGUGAAACCUGCAGAGUUGCCUAUAGCCCUCCCCAAGGCCCUCCAAGAGAUUUUAUAUCUAACCUUAUUGUGAGGGUGCUACCAUGGUAAUGUCCUUCCAUAUCCAUACUUUGAUAUAGAUUUUCUCUUUCCCCACAUCCUUCACUUAAAUCGCUGUCAGGUUGACUCUGCUUUUCCUCAUGACUCGUGCACAUAUUCUGGGCCUCCUUUUUUGGGAGGAAG